AUGCUGGUCAUCGGCCCGGAGAAACUCUCCGUCUUGUUUUCCAAUGCGUCAAAUAGCUGGUUGAUGUUGCUCUCCUCAGCAAGGAACGGAUUAAUCGUGUCGCUUUCCCCACCCUCAUACGUGCCUGCGCACCUGCGGUUCCAGUCCGGAAGUCGCCAUCUAGAUGUGCUUUUCGAGUACCUCCUUCACCUCAUCCCGAAUCCCGAUGAGGCGUGCCUCAAGCGACUGGCGUCAGAAAAUCCAAACGCUCACACGAUCAUCCUGCCUGACAGCGUGGCCAACCCCGACGCCAAGACCACCGCAUUCGAAGACGACACCGCCUUGCAACAGGCUGCUUCGCAAUAUCACGCGGAGGACUAUGGCCAAUUGGUCAUUGAUUACGCGCCGGUAUACACGUCUGGUCGUCACACGCAUUCCUCCACACCAUGUGGUGAUUGA